GUCUUAUAGCGACCGUCAUUUCCCUGCCACGCGAGGAUAAAUAAGUGACAUCAUAACGAGACAGUGAGCACGAGGUAUAUACAUUAUGGGCACUGCUGAAGAAUUCUCCUCUACGUUACAGAUCAGGCUGGUGGAAAGUCGACUCCCGGAAUAGAAGUACCAAUCACGACCAAUCUUCACAGCACUUGUGAAUUAGUUGUGAACCUAAGUCUUACAUGCAAACAAAGUCAUGCGCUUCUCUUUAGUUAUUGGUUUGUUGUGCAGCAUAUUAACAACAGGAAACGGACAGCAAUGGGUUAAUUUAUCAAGCUGGCAAUACCACGUAGGAUUGCAAAACAAAACAUUUCCCGAAGCGAAAAAUUCUUGCGCAGCUCUUAAUUCGACAUUAUCUUUAUACACGGAAUAUGUUGUUGUGUAUAUCAAGACUUAUAUAUGGAACUGUUCAUGCUCAACGCGUGCGUCAAGACCUGUUGACCCAAUUUGGUUCGAAUCUGAAGACGGCAAAGCCAUAUUAUUCGAUCGGGGCAUUCCUCAAAGCACAAACUUUACGAGAACUCUGGCCAUCUACGUCUGUCGUCGUAAAAUCGCUGUAACAUGGAACUUCACUCAUGGAUCCAACGCCGAGUAUUUCGUGGCACCGUUACAGCUUUACACACCUAACGUGGCAUCGGAAAUUUGCGAAUCCCUGAAUUCUACACUGGUGAUGCUCAAGGAUGAAAGAAUGCAACGGGAAUUUAACACGAUUGCUAAAGCAGUUGAAUUCAACACAACACUUAUCAGCGAGCUAAAACUAUGGAUUGGGUUGAGGAACAGAACCUUAACUAUUUGUGGGAAGAUGGGACGCCUUUUACUGGAAAUAUUUCUGUGUUUAACCCCGGCGAAUAUAAUCAAUCGGAUAAAUGCGUCGUGUUGCUGCCGUUUCAAGCGAGGUGGAAUAACGCUCGUUGUACGAAUACUAGAGGGUUUGGUUGUCAAAGAGCAAGGCAUGUUAUGACUACAACUCAUGCAACAACAACAACAGUACAAACAACAAUUUCAACUUCAACAACACUUUCUUCAACAACAACAAUAAUAUUAUCAGAAGGUACAGAACCAACACCAACUCCAACAUUAUCAACAACAACAACAACAUUGCCUGCAACACAAACAACUAUAACUGAAGAAUCCACAACUUUAAGAAGUAAUGAAAUAUCAGCAGAAGAAGCAAUUGGUAAUCUACAUUCGAUUAUUGACUCACUACAGAACAUGGGAGAUAAUAACAAGUCUUACAUCACAAUGCAGCUUGUUAGCUUUGAAAAGAACUUAGAAAUUCUUUCCUUUGGUGAAAAUUUUGUGAAUGAAACUUACAAAAAUAUUUCACGCAUCCUAGUGACAAACAUAGAUAUCCCAAAUAAUGAAGGGGAGGAAUUGAUUGCAGAACUCGGGACCAGCAAGAUUCAACAUUUUACUUUAAAUGAAGCAAAUUCUGGGAGAUUAUCACUUGCAUUUGCCGAACUUAAAAUUCCACCCAAAGUAAUGAACAAGUUUACAAACACAAGUGACCAGAUGUCGGCCAUUUUUGCUCCCUCUGAUCUUCCAUUUGUGACUAUCUCAUUGUACGAUGUACUUCGGCGAAAGAAAUUAAAUCCAGGAGUAAAAUUUGAAACUUUCACUAAAAAUGACAAUUCAUUUGAACAACAAGCAAUUCCUCGUUUUGGGAAAGUCCCUAAUGUGAUAUUCCAAGACGUUCAAUGGAAAUGUGAAUUUUUUGAACCAGAAUCGCAAACAUUUUCUUCAACCGGUUGCCACCAUGAAACAUCUGAGGCUGGCGUCACCUCGUGCCAUUGUAACCACACAACCAUAUUCACUGUGUUGUUGUCCGUCAGCCAUGUGGUCAAUAUACCAGAAGGUGUCCAGGUGUUGACGUACAUUUGCCUCAUUAUAUCAUUUCUAUGUCUUCUGUUCACCGCCAUCAUCCUUAUAAGGCUGAGGUUGAAUUUAAAAAGUGAUCGAACGUUCGUUCAAAUCAACCUCGUCAUAGCUCUCUUGCUCCUCAAUGUGGUGAUAAUAUUUCAUGACUUGGCGCUAACCAACGAGCGACUUUGCGCUUUAAGUGCAGCGGCGACUCACUACUUUAUUUUAGCUGCAGGUAAAAAAUUGGUUCUUAUUAGAAAUCAAUUACUGUAA